CUAGGGGCGCAAAAAAACAUCGCAUGCCAGAUGUAAACAAACGUCUGCCCGAAACAACAGCAGGCUCUGUGCGAAAUAGUUUCCUUUCCUUCCGAAAACACCUGAAGCAGGAAAAUGAAUAUUAUUUAAUAGAAAUAAAACCUUCCAGACUUCCAGUACGUCUGCUUCCGUCGUUCUACUGAUCGGCUGGCAACUUUGAUGGGAUCGGCGGAACCACGGUCCCGUGCCUGGACUGGGGGCGAGCAAUGGAGCAUGACCCAAACCUGAGAUCGGAACAUUCGGUGCUGCGGUCGUUUUUGCUGUUUCGCAACACCACCGAGCGGACGGUGGACGUGUACUGGGUGAACUACUCCUCCCGGUUCAUCCACUACACGACGCUGAAACCGAAGACGGGCUGCAUGGUUAACACGUACGUUACGCACCCGUGGGUGUUCAAGGACCGGCAGUCGGACGAGCGGAUGCACGUACGGCACCAGCCCGUCUACCUGCCCGAACCGUGGUACACAAACUUCAACAGUGCCGGGCGGCUGACGAGAAAGGAGGUGAACAUUCACUUUCCCGUGCGCACACUGAUGGACAACUGUCUGUGGCGCAUCGUCGCCCUGCUAGCGGACAAGGAGGAAAGUGCACUGCACGAACUGGAGAUACCACGCGUGCUCAAGCAGGAGCUGGCGGAGAAGCGAAACAAUAAAGUAAGGAAAAAAUGAAAACACUAA